AUGGAUCAAACCAUCGAAGCCUCAAGAAGGCAAUCAAUUGAACCUGACCGAUUAGGAGCUAUAAUAUCUUCACAAUUAUUAGACAACGACAUAUGGAUCCCAAUUAGAAAAAUUGAAAAUGAUACUAUCGAUAACAUUCUCAAUAGAUUCCAGCUUGUUUCUCAAUCUAAGAUAGAAAAAGGUUCUCUUCUUGGCCAACCAUUCACAGUUAAAAUCCAGACACUUGGUAUUUCAUCAUUGCCAAAGAAUCAAUCAAUUAGAGGACGCGCACCCCAAGAAAAUUCUGCAAUAAUUACACAUAUAAAUAUUGAUCGAUUAAUAAAAAUUUCAAACCCAAACAAUUUAUGUUUAUUCUAUGCUCUGGAAAUAACAAGAAAAUAUUUUGCUAAAGAAUUGGGCGCUAAAUGGAACUUUUCAAGAUAUUUAAAAAAUGGCGACAGACAAAUGGAUGAUGUUUUCAACCUCCUAAAAUCAGCAAAAAUCCCUCAUGAUCUUCCUGAAUAUGAUGCUGUGGAAUAUGUACCAGUUGUUUGA